CAAACAAACAUCUGUCAAAACGUAUAUUGUAGGAAAAGUUGUGAGAUUUUAUCCAAAAAUUACCAUACUAUUUUACUAACUAGUUUACCUGAUUUUAAAGCUCUGGUGAUGAGUACAGGCGGCAGAAAAUCGCUUACGCCAAAUGCUGCUCCGGAAGGGCAAGCGGAACCAGCCUCCGUGCCACUGGGCGGUGCGAUCGGUCGCGAGGACAUUUGGGACGACAGUAUUAUCAUCAAAAAGUAUGACGCAUCGCUGGCACUGAUAAAGGCGGAAGUAGCGAAGCGGCUGGCCAUGAACACGAACCGGGGCGGCCUGGCGGAUGUGGCGGGCUGCAGCGGCCACAAGCCUCGCCGGCAGCAACACAAAGACAGCGAUUCGACCGGAGGAGAAGCAACCGUCGGCACGCCGGAGCACGAGGAAAAGGGCGCGAUGGAGAUUUCUGAGCAGGAGCAAGGCACAGCGAACGGUCCACCAGCGACGGGCGCGUUCGAGAUCGGUGACUACGUGCGAGCGACCUACGACGAUGGGGUGGAUUACGAGGCGAAAAUCAUUGGCUUUGGCAGCCAUGGGGACUGUUUGAUCCGGUACGUCGGGUACAACAACGAGCAGACGGUGUUGCUGGAGGAGCUGCUACCGUCCUGGGGGCGAAAGGCACGGCGGCAGCAGCGCGUUGAGGCGGCCGAAGCGGAAGCUGCCGGUGCCGACUCGCAGAUGGACAUUAGCGAUGACGAGCGGUUCACGAAGCAGGCCAGCAAGAUCAAGAUUAACUUCGGACCGAACUUUGGACGAUCGAGUAUGGGCCAGGCGGCCGGCGGCAGGAGUGGACGAUCUGGCAUGUUGGGCCCCAGCAUGUCCACAGCGUACAUGGUUCCGCCACCUCCGCCGAUGCCCCCGAUGCUGGAAGACGCGGACGAUGUAGAGUCGGAGAACCUAUCUGCCAUGCUGAUGUCGUGGUACAUGAGCGGUUACUACACCGGGCUCUACCAUGGCCAGCGAAUGUCUCAGCAGCAGCAGCAACACACGCAGCAGAAGCGGGCACGACAAUCGUAAUUUUGCUAUGCUCGAGCGGAAACUGUAGGGUUGCUGUCGUCAAGUUUUAACGAGGUCAUGGGAAUUCUUACGGCGCAGCAAAGUGAUAACUUUCGUUGAAGCGUCAUUCGUUACUAUUAGGCUUGUCGUGAUGGGCAUUGAACAAUGCGAAAUGAUUAAAUGGCACAUUGCGAACAGUGUUCUAUACUGUACCGUUACAACUUACAUGCUUUCUUUCCCGCCCAUUGCCAAGUUCCACUUUCAUGAUAUCCUUUUUUAUAUUAUUUAAUCGUUUAAGUAAGUUGGUCAAAACCUGAAGUUCGAGAAAAAAAAAACAGAGAGAGCAGGAUCAAUCACAGGAUCAACGAAAGACAUACAGAAAAGAGUUAAAAUAUACCAGGCUUGCUAAUAUGCUGCCAGUGUGGGCGUUAUAAA